UUUCACCAUCUGCCUUAAAAUUUGGGUUGAAAUCAGAUCAGAAAGGUGUCUUAACAAUUCCACCAGUACAAAAUAUGGAAAAUGAAUACAUUUUCGAGAUUCCUUUGCUAAAAGCUGGUAAAUCAUUAAAGUUAGAGGCUGCUUUAACAUUAACUGACGCAGAGGCCUUUGAACAUGCAGACUUUUGGGUUUAUUUAGAACUUGGAAAGAUUACCGAACCAUCCACACCAAAAAUUGUUCACAUUUUAUCUUUCGAUGUCAGAGUGUCAACUGUCUAUCGUGGGUUUCCUCAAGGAUUUUAUCCUGAUGUUUUACUUGUUGCAAAUCAUAAAAUAACACGCAAUGAAUAUUUGGCAUGGGUCAAGUUGUUUAAAGAAACUCUUGGUCUUCGAUUUUUCAUUUGGGAUAUAUCACAAAUGGGUCAUUUUAGUCUCUUGAGAGAUAUAACAACACUUUACUCGAACAAGCCAACUACAUUAAUGAAAGAUCUUUCUGGAAAAACCUUGAUUGUACUAGAUAACGAAUUUGAAUACGGAGAAUAUGGGCAAAAAGUUACUGCACGAAAUUUUAUAUUGAAGAAUGAGUGGAUUGAAGCAAUACAUAAGAAUGAUAAUAAAUUUUAUAUAUUUAAGCCAAGUGCUAGAAAAGAUGAAUGCGUAAAUGUAUUGGACGAGCUUUUAACAAAUGCUUUUGAAGAAUUCAGAGAGAACAAGUCUGAAUUUGAAAAUGUUCGUGGGUUCACACAAUUUUUGAUGGGAAAAGAAAAAGAUCCUUUGGAAGAAAUUCCACCAGAUAAUACAGAAGAAAAUAUUUUAGAAGAAAAUCAUCUAGAAAAAAAUAUUCCAGAAGACACAGUAGAUUUUAUUUCUACAACUAUUAAUUUGAGAGGGAUUAUCGCAGGCUUAGGAAUUGAUAACCAUUUCCGUAUUUUAGAAAUGAUUUUUAUCACCGGACCAUUGGAUGAUGAUGAAGAAAUUAAUGAUAUAGAUUUGUUCCUAAAGGGUGGUCAUCGAACACUUAGUGAUAAAGAAAAACAAGUAGCAGAAUUACUCAAACAACAGAUUAUUUAUGAUAUUGCUGUCGAAUUAUCAACUAUAUGUGAUGGAAUU